AUGUUAGCACAUCGCGGCAUGGGCAUUGAAAGUGACUUAUGUGUUCUUUGCAAUGACGAAAAUGAGACGUCUGAUCAUAUGUUUAUGCACUGUUUUUACUCCUUUGAGAUUUGGGAUUAUAAUGUGCUGCUUGAAAGAGUAAUUCCUACUACAUUGAUUCCAAUAAACAUCACUAUUCCCACUAAGAAGGAACAAGUUUUCUCUACAUAUGCAGACAACCAACCUGGAGUCUUAAUUCAAGUGUACGAAGGCGAGAGGGAAAGAACCAAGGAUAACAACCUGCUUGGUAAAUUUGAGUUGUCUGGAAUUCUACCUGCGCCUCGUGGUGUCCCUCAGAUCACUGUUUGCUUCGAUAUUGAUGCAAAUGGUAUUCUGAAUAUGUCUGUGGAGGAUAAAACUACAGGGAAGAAGAACAAAAUCACAAUCACUAAUGAUAAAGGAAUGUUGGCGAAGGAGGAAAUCGAGAAGAUGGUGCAAGAGGAAGAAAAGUACAAGGCAGAGGAUGAGCAUCACAAGCAGAAAGUUGAGUCUAAGAAUGCUUUGGAGAACUAUGCUUACAACGUGAGGAAUACUAUCAAGGAUGAGAAGAUUGCUGGGAAGUUAGCACCAGCUGACAAGAAGAAGAUUCAGGAUGCAAUUGAAGCUGCUAUCCAGUGGCUUGACACCAACCAGCAUGCAGAGGCGGAUGAAUUUGAUGACAAGAUGAAAGAGAUGGAGAGUCUUUGCAACCCAAUUAUUGCUAAAAUGUAUCAAGGUGGUGUUGGACCUGACGUGGGUGGUGCUGGUGGCAUGGAUGAGGAUGGUACUUCAAUGGGAGCUGGAGGUAGUGCAGGGCCUAAGAUUGAGGAAGUUUAUUAA